AUGGGAAACUCUGCUUCAAACUCCUUGCCUGCUCUCCAAACCGUCUCGGAAUGCGUGACGGAACGCAUGAUGGGAACUUGGUUCGUCAUUGCCGUCAAACCGACCAUGUUCGAAACCAAAAACAGCAAUGCCGUCGAACGAUACACUUGGAUUGACGAUGCCAAGAAGAAAAAUGGUGGAAACGAUUUUGACAUUGAUUUUACAUUCAAUGUCGACGAACCCAUCACCAGCAAGAUCAAGGCAUUGCCUCAAAAGGGAUGGGUUCUCGACAAUGACAACAAGCAAUUUGCGCCGGGAACCAACCGCCUUGAAACCAAAACGGGAAAUUGGCAAGUGUCCCCCGCAUGGCCCAUCAAAAUGCCUUAUCUCCUCGUGGAAGUCGAUUUGGAGCACUACCAGUACUGCGUCGUGGGAUAUCCUUCGCGGGCGUAUUGCUGGAUCAUGGCACGGACACCGCAAAUGGAGGAAGCAACCUACAACGACCUCGUCGACAAACUCCAAACCAAACACAAUUACGACUUGGUGGGAUUGAGAAAAGUGCCACAAAAAUGGACGCGGGUCGAAGCGGAAAAGAGAAAUUUGAUCAAGGACAUUCCGGGACACAUGUUGGAGAAAGAGUAG